AUGCCUUCGCUCUAUCUUUCGGGCUUGCUGAAGAAGAAGCGGACAAAGGACAACAACUCAAACUCACAGGACGCCUCCCAAGCCGCCUCCAGCCAACCCAACAGACCCGUGACGCCCGCUACUACCACCGCUGCUCCUCCAGCUCCAGCUCCAGCUCCAGCGACUUCAUCCUCUCCCCCUGCUGCCCAGACCACCGCCGGCAGCGAAGCCUCCUUCAGCGCCUAUCAGUCCCCACCGUUGCAGCCACCCCCGGCCGACAAGCCCUUUGAUGCCAAUCCAUGCUUCGGAAUGAAUCCUGUCACGUCCCACCCACAGAAUUACCCGCAUCAGGACCAGCACGUCAAAACAGCCCAUGGGCUUACGCCAUCCGAGCCUCAACAAGGUCUCCCAACAAUCAACAACCUCAUACACCAGCCCCAGCACGACAGCCCGACCUUGUUCUCCAAUUCGCAUCUGACACAACCGACUUCACACAAUACCCCGCCAUCUGCUAGUCCGGGAACCGACCCUGAACGGCUGUUGCAAGAGCAGCAGCAAGACAUGAUGAACCAGCCACACCAGCAGCAGCAGCAGCAACAGCAACAGCAACAGCAACAGCAUCACAAUAACCACAACCAACAGACAGCGCAAUCCCAGCGACCGUACCAUCUCUCCCAUCAGUCGCAGCCUUCGGUUUCGCGGCAAACCAAAGGCAAAUACAGCCUGCAGGACUUCGACUUGCUCAGGACGCUCGGCACCGGUAGUUUCGGCAGAGUGCACCUGGUUCAGUCGAAGCAUAACCAGCGGUUCUAUGCGAUCAAAGUGCUUAAGAAGGCACAGGUGGUUAGCAUGAAGCAGGUCGAGCACACCAACGACGAACGACGAAUGCUGGGCGAAGUGAAACACCCCUUCCUCAUCACGCUAUGGGGAACGUUUCAGGAUGCCAAGAAUUUGUACAUGGUGAUGGAUUUCGUCGAAGGUGGCGAGCUGUUCUCGCUGUUGAGGAAGUCCGGCCGAUUCCCCAACCCGGUUGCCAAGUUUUACGCCGCCGAAGUAACGCUCGCCCUCGAGUACCUGCACUCUAAGGACAUCAUAUACCGCGAUCUCAAGCCCGAGAACCUGCUCCUGGAUCGACACGGGCACCUUAAGAUUACAGAUUUCGGCUUUGCAAAGAAGGUGCCAGAUAAGACAUGGACGCUUUGUGGGACUCCUGACUACCUAGCGCCUGAAGUCGUCUCUAACAAGGGCUACAACAAAUCAGUGGACUGGUGGUCUCUCGGAAUUCUGGUGUACGAGAUGCUUUGCGGUUACACGCCGUUCUGGGACAGCGGUUCGCAGAUGAAGAUCUACGAAAAGAUCCUACGCGGCAAGGUGAAAUACCCGCAAUACAUGGACCCGACGGCGAAGGACCUCUUGGAGAAGUUGAUCACGCCCGACCUUACAAAGCGGCUGGGGAACCUUUACAACGGGCCGGCCGAUGUCAAGAACCACCCUUGGUUUGCCGAGGUGACUUGGGAGAGGCUAGCGAGGAAGGACAUCGACGCGCCGUAUAGCCCGCCUGUGAAGGGAGGUACUGGCGACGCGAGCCAGUUCGACAGGUACCCCGAGGAGACGGAAAAGUACGGGGCCACGGGACAUGACGAAUAUGGCCACCUCUUUACCGAGUUUUAG